AAAGCAGAGAACGAAAUACAAGAACUGUUAAAAACAUAUUCUUCUGAUAAUGACGAAGUUUCUUUGAAUGAAAAUGAGAAGGCUGUUGCUGAUUCUAUGUUCGGUGGUGAUAAAUAUGUUGGAGAGAUCAUAAUGAGUGCAAAAUUAUUAUAUCCACCACCAGUCGAAGCAAACAAAGAAAAGCAAAAGAUUGUUGAUGAAGCACAGCCAUCGGCAAUUGCAACUUCUGCCGUAGCUAUUACGGCUUUCGCCGUAAUGACUAAUAACCUUGUCAAGAUUAUAGCUUAUGACGCAGGCU